ACAUAAGUAGGAAGCUAGUACGUGGUAUUUAGCCAGCUUCACAGUUGCAGUCAUGACUUGAUUAUGCAGUUAAUUUUAUAUUAUGUGAACUCUGAACAGCUCGCUCAGUAUUGAAUUUCUUUCCAUUCCGCACCAACAUUAACGCAUCAAAGUUAAAUCAGCUGGCUAACAAAUGCUAGCUAGCUAGCUGGUUAAGAGCGAAUGGUCCCCAUAGCUAGCCAAUUUACAGUAAACUGGGUUAUAUUAUGCAUUCACUGAAUUAACGUUAUCAUUCAUUUGUUUGUUUUGUUUCACGAAUCGGUUAAUUUCACUGAUCGUCAAAGAAGUCGCACGGAAUUGAUGCAGUCUAACCUAGCUAACUAUUAGUCAGGCAAUCCAAAUGUGAGCCAGUACAGGCUAACUUCUGUGAUUUGCGACCGUUAUGAAUUUGUUAGCUUGCUGUCUAGCUUGUAAAAUAAGAUUUUUUCUUGAUAUUUAUAAGUAGGAACACAUCUAGCUCGCUAACCAGAAAUAUAUGAACGUACAAAAAUGGAAGCGAAUGAGUGAAAUUGUGAAUUAGUUUACACUGAAAGAAAACUGGCUCUUGGAUAAGCGAGGUAAAUUAUAUCGUUUAGCUAGCUCGCUGUGUUGCGUGUACUCUUCAGGUUCCCAACAGAAAUGCGCUGCUGUUGUUGUACCCGCAUAAAGCUAUAAUAAAAUUACAUUUACUGCAAUGCUUGUUAAAUGGUUAACUAUGAAACAGUGUGUUACGUUGUCGUAAAGAUUAUCCGAACCGUGAAGAAUGCCUGACUUUACAUUCUGCAACGAUGUGACUGCUAAGCAAAUCUAUCGCUGUUUCCGUCGCAGAACUUCCGACACAAGCAAUAUCCUACCAAAGAAGAGUGAUUGCCUGACCCGCAAGCGUAGUGACGUGUUACCACUGUGUGUUUCUUUCAUCAGAUUGCUCCUGAAAUGAACUGGGACAGUGAGCUAAAUUCUGUACUGUCUGCUGCAGAAAGCAGUGUGGCCAAAAUCCGGAGACAACUGGCUACACCAGGGAAAUAUCCAAAAGAUAUGAUUCCGGAGAGAGAGGUAUCUCAUAUGACGGAUUUUAAGCCUCCCCCUCCACCACGGCCCUUGCCCUCCCUCGCACUCAGUCCAGCACCACAGUGGGAGGACUUGGCCGGAAUCCAGGCCCAGCUCCAAAGCCAAAACCAGGCCAUUGAGUCCCUUACCAAGGCCUUGCGCUCCAUGGAGAGCGAGCGACAGUCCCAGCAGCUCCACCUACAGGCCUUAAAGGAGGAGCUGCGGCGGUUGCGCGAGCGCGAGGAGGCCAGGGAGCAGGAGAGGGUCGGAGGGAGCGCGAUCGCGUGCGCCAGCCCGGGAGCGGAGCGCAGGAUGGAGAACUGGAAGAGGGAGGUGGGCCGAGAGCUGAGCAGCCUGAGAGGCCAUAUCGACCGAGCCGUUUCCCUCACCCACCAGGAGGAGAGUUUCAGCAGCAAAAUGCAGAGGGAGGAAAUUGAACAGCUGAGGAGAGAGGUGGAUCAGCUCAAACAACAGCUGAGGAGGCAGGAGGAAGACAUGUUCCGUCAGCAGUCAGAGACCAGAGAGGCGAGGAGGCAGAGUGAGCGCAGCUGCAAGACCCUGGAGAGUCUGACUGACUGCUACAGGACACACAGUCUGGACCUCACCAGAACCAUGUCCCAGCACCAGAGCACACAGGAGGACAUACGUCAGCUCAGGUUGAGCGUUUCGGAGCUCAAGGACGAGGUGAGGGGAUUGACUCUCAGAGACAGGCGUCCCGCACCUGUGCUGACGAGACCAAAAGCAGCCGCGAGCCGGAGCGAGGAGCGCCGCGGGGAGGCGUCUGGCUCCGAUUCGGAGGGGGAUUGGAGCCCCACCCCCAGUCUGGGGGAGGUGAGCUCGGACGACCCGUCCUGGGGGGCGGAGAGAGACCCAGGUCCACAAGGCAAACGACAAGACUUCAGUUCCCAACUGGAUGAAAGUGACGAUGGUGAAGCAAGCCUGGAGGAAAAGGGGGAAGAGGACAGUAUAGAUCUGGAGGGGGACCUGGAAGCUCUGUCAGACAGCCCUGCAGAACUCAAUCUCAGUGACCUCUGACCUUUACCAGUCAACCAGGUCACCUUCCCUGUGCCAGCUCCCUGACCAGAUAUGGAGGAAUGGAGGUUACUGUUAAUCACCUGAACGGAAUGUCUGGAAUUGGGGCUCUUGGAAUAACUUGGUAUUGUGUAAGCUUACGGGAUAAGCUAACUUGUUUAAUUUGUACUCUGGUCUCAGUGUAAGUAUUUCAUAUCAGUACUUGGACCGCAUGGUGCAGCAACACAGUAUUUUCCUCUGGGUGUAUGUCACGCCUUAUAUUCUUUUGAGAAUACAAAUAUAGCAGUUUUUAUCCAGAGAACACGAAAACCCAAAUGGCACCCAUGCGCGGAGUGCAGCAGUUACACUAAGCCUGAAAUCACUUGGGUUAGCCCUGAAUCGCUAAUGCUAACACAUUACUGAGCUAACUUGCAUGGUACCGCUUUCAACUUGCUGCCACUGUAUUGGUCUAUGGGUCCCUGCGCACCAUAUUUGGACUCUAUGUCAUGUGACAAAUAACUGAGGAAUUGGGAUAAAGAUGGUUAUUUUUGUUUAUCAUGUGGAAUAGACUUUUUUUUAAAAAAGUGAACACAUUUCCCAGCCAAAAUCCCAAUCGGCUCACAGUUGCGGUUCUGUAUAACCACACACAAAUGUGGAUGACUUCACACGUCUUUGCAGACAACGUGUUGCAUCGAAAGCAAACUCAGAGGAACUGAGGUAUUAUGUGCUGUUGUUUUUCUCUGGGUUAGAUGCCGUUGGAAGGGAGGAUCUUGCACAAAAUGCACAAGAUGUAAAAACAGUGUAUGGUGGUACCUAGGAAAUUAUUUGCCUUUAUUCCUUUCGGUACCUGUAGAUAUAACUUCUGGAAAGUCUUUAUUCCAUUUAUAGCGAGCAUGGAUUGGAAAUGGCACCCUUGAUAUGUUCGUACAAACGAGCAGUGUUCCUACAUGUAGGCUUACAUGGGUGUUACCCCAAGGCUGUUAAAUAUUGCAGAAGCGCUCUGGCGGUGCUCUGAUUAUUCACACUAAUUAGUGUCGGAGGGAAGCGCCACAGAUCUGCAGCCAGACACCCCCUAUGGAGGGAACAGCCCCGCAGAGACACACACACACUCACACACACCACACACACAUGCACACCCACAUGAACACGCACACACACACACAUACCCACAUGCACACGCACACUCACACACAAACCACACACACGCGCAAACGCGCACACACACACAUACGCACACACACACGCACACACAGACACACAGACUGCUGUACUGGAGUGGGGCAUUACUGUGUGGAUGUCAACUUUAGUUAUUGUUCAGAAAGACAGUGCCAUCAUUGGAGAUGAUGGGCUUUCAUUUGUUCAAUUGAAAAAUUACUACAGCUUUUAUUUUGGAUGGUAAGGCUUGAAAACGAUGUGUGACAAGUUCAUGCAAUAAAGCUUACCGUUGAACUAG